CCAUAUUUGUUCUUCAUAGGGUAUCAUGCGUCGAGUAGUUCAACCCAGAAGAUCACCAAGUCCAGUGUCAACUCAUUCACCUCUCAGUGCGAGAGAUGUUCGAGAGAGGAAAACCUCUUUCUCGAAGGCUUCUUCUGGUGCUGAUCUGCAAGUUAUUGAGUGGAAUAUUGCUGAUCAGCUUCGUCAAGUCAAGUAUCACCCGGAGCACAGCCGGCAAGAGUUGUUCAUGGUUUUUAAAUAUGCAUUUAAUCAACUAAUUGAAAGCAAAGCUGUGGUUUACAAGUCGAUUUUGUCACAGAUUAAAGCAGAGUAUGAGGAGUUCAUUGAUACUCUGGAGAGAGGUCAGAGCCAGACAAUCUAUCUUCAGAGAAUGCUCAAGGCUCUGUUGUCGGAGAAAGAAAAUGUAAGGCAUUUUGUCCAGAGGGGCGAUGAACUUGAAGAGAAAAUGGCAAAACUUAAAAAGCAUAAUGCCCAAUUAAGGGAGAAACUCCACAUCAUAAGAGCAGAGAGAGCUCGGAGACUGGCUUCUGCAGAAAGUAAAUCGAUGCAUUCUGUUGUUAAAGAGACAAGGCUUCUGAUUCCUGGCUUGUCUCUGAAAGAUCUCACCGACUUACCCACUUUGAAGAAGACACUGUCUAGUUUAGAAGCGCAAGUAUGGGAGCUGAAGGAAGCUACAAAAUCUAAGUUUGCUGAGAGAAACCAGAAACUGAUUUUGAAACAACAGCUCACAAAGAAGGAAAAUGUGAGAGAUCAUGUGUUUGCCAAGCAUGAGAAAUCAAAAGAAAGAUGUGAGACCCUAAAGGUUGCUGUUGAGGCAGCAAGAACAGUGGUAGAUAAUCCAGACCAGGAUGUUCAUGUUAUUGAUGUUAUAUUUCGAGAGCUAGCAAACUAUGGUAACAGCAAGUAUGGGAAGAAGAGUGAUUCCUUACAGUUCUUUGCAAGCUUUGAUGAGGAUGAUCCCUUAAAGAAGAAAGAGGCAGAACUUUUGAUUGAGUAUGUUGAUCACUUCAACAAUUUAUUUGAUUUUGGACAGUUUGAAUUGGCUGCAAUGCAUGCUGCCAACUCACCAAUGGGAAUUCUGAGAUCUUAUGAAACCAUGAUCAAAUUCAAACAAGCUGAAUGUAAGGAAGGUGAGGUGUCACCUCUUUUGAUGUUCUGUGAUGCUUUGAUGGCCACAGCAUCAGCGGCACAACCUCUCACGGGAGCUAUGUCUUCUGAAUGUAUCCGCUGUGCGCUCAGUGAUGGACGUCUGGACCUUGCUACCCAUUGGCUUGCUCAGGAGAAGUUAACAUUUUCUAUUCCUCUUGGCGAUGCUUUUUGCAACUUCUGCAAAUGCCUUAAAAAAUGUUCAUGCACCUGUAUUCCUUUGGCACAAACUGUUUACAUGAAAGUUGGUGCGCAUCAUCAAGUUGUUGCUUGUCUUUGCAGGCAAGGAAAAUUCUCAAUCAUGUUGAAUUAUGCACAGAAGCAUGCAAAGUUCACAACAGAGGAUUUCAGAUCAAUCCUGCUGAGGAAUCCUUCUCCAGAACUAGCAAAGCUUAUGCUCAGUAGUCCUGGUACUAAUGGCAGGGUUGGGUUGUUAAGUUUUGCAUCUGUUGUUGGAGCAUUUUUAGAUGACAACAAACCUGAGAUGUUAGUGAAUUUGUUAAAGCAUCUCUCUCAGAGCAGCUCUGAUGACUUAUCUACUGUGAUGACAGAUGCAUUGUUUAAUGAGACUAGGAGUGACAAUAUGGAUUCAAACAGAUGGCUGUUGGUUGUUGAUAUGUGCCAGGAAUCUGGUUUGCUGGGAAUUGGUGUUGAAGUAUUGUCCAUUCUAACCAUAAGGGAGGCACUAAACAAAGCAUCCAUUGCUUUUAGUAUGGAUUACAUUUCUUAAGCAAAAAUUUAAGAUUUUAGUGGACAGAAGUGCAUAUUCAGUUUGUAAGUGGUCUCAUAUUAUUAAAACUUAGUAACAGAGACACUAGAACCAAGAUUUAACUAUUUCAGCACAUACCCAAUACCUAUUUCAGAGAUUUCAUCAAAUGGUUCAAUUCAAAAGCCACAAUGUCUAAUUGUUAGGAAUCAAUAAGGUGUCCUGCUCAAAUAGAAUAAUUUUACGAAAAGUACCCGUGUAGAGGGGAUACACAGGAACCUGAGGUGAGGGAAAAAGUAGGAGAUUAGAUUAAGUGCCCUAUAUCAUUUUCGUAAGGACUCUUCUUUAUAGACAAAGACAAACUUCAGUCUUGUGGUGUGUAAGGAGACAACUGGAAUAUCAAUGAAACUUUCAUAAAUGA